AAUGCAUUCCCAUUGCGCUUUACAUAAUCCCAAAUCCGGCGCUAUGAAAUAGUGGCGGCUUAUAAACAAAAAAUGAUUUUGUUUGUGGGAAAAGAAACCGGGAAUUGGCUCAAUGAUGACGUGAUUCCAGAGGUCAUUCGAGUGAUUGAACUAUGUCAUCACCACGAGUCAUCUAUUUAUCUAUAAAGCUUCAAAAAUGUAGAAAAAGGAUCGAAAAUCCAUCGACCAAUAAUCAUACGUAUAGUUUUUCCAAAAACCUUUCUACUUAGCUUCCUCAAAUUUCACCGCGUCGGCCGGAAAUGGACAAACCGGAGAGUCCACGAGUAUGCCGGAAAAGAGUAGUUGCAGAGCUUAUGAAAGGGAAAGCAUCUGCGACGGAGCUCCAAGCCGUAUUGAACCGAAAUCGGCUCGGAGAUGACCGGUUCAACAGUUUCGCCCAGCUUACGCUCGAAAUCGGCAGAUCUUUCACUCAAGCCAUCUUUGACCUCACCUCCUACGGCGUCGCUCCUCCGGUUUACCCGAUCACCGCCGGUUCGGCGGACUCCGGCAACCCAAUGCAAGCGUGUUCCGAUCAGCAAAAUUUCAACUCUAAGAAGGCCCGGACAGGGCGGUACAACAAAAGAAAUUCUGAGGAGACAUGGACUAAUAUAUCCAAAACAAUGGAAGAUGGUGGUGCAUGGAGGAAAUAUGGCCAGAAGAUCAUACUCAAAUCAGAAUACCCCAGGUGCUACUUUAGGUGCACCCACAAGUAUGUGGCGGGAUGCAGAGCAACAAAACAAGUCCAAAGAACCCACGAUGGAAUGUACCAAUCCACAUACUACAGCCGCCACACUUGCAAUAACAACGAAGACAAUAAUGCUAUUAUUACUACCGAUCAUAAUCAACGCCACCGCCGCCGUCAAAAGGCUACUCAUAAUGUCCCACGCCUGAAAGUCCACGGCACGGCUACUAGUGAUCCAAAUCAUCAUCAGCAAGAACUCAUCACUCUGGUGAAGAAGGAUGAAGAAACAUCACAGAGUGAGAUAUCUGGAGAGAGCAAAUCAUCACCAGCUGGAGAUCAUCAUUAUCAUCCUAUUAAGUUCUCUAAUGAUGAGAACUUGGAUGAAGACGACUCUAAAAGUAUAUGGAAAGAUCUUAUGGUUUCGACCAGCGGUAAUAUUUUCUAUAAUAAUACUGCUUCACGCAGCUCUUCAAUGGGAGGAAUAUUCAGUUAUGAUCUUGACAUGGAGAGUAUUGCCGGUCUGGAUCCCAUAUUCCCCGUUGAAAGUGAUAUAUAAUUGUUUAUCUCUGAAAUUUCAAAACAGAAUUAUAAUGUUUAUCUCUUUGAAAUAGAAGUAACAUGACAAUAUUUAUAUUAGUGUCACUUUGGAAUUAUUACUGCCAAAUAUUGCCAUUAAUGACAGUUUCUUUUUAAUCAUGGCAGUAACGACUUCUAUUUCGAGAAGAAAAACAUAAUAGUUAUGCUUUGAAAUUUUAGUACGUUUGUACUCAUAUUUAAGACAAUUUUCCUAUAUAAUACUAUAGUUUUUG